AUGCAUGUUUCUUGUUGUUAUUAUGCAUAUUUAUUUCCUGUAGUUUUACUUUCAGCUGUCAAAUUGGCGACUCAAGAACAGUUGUUAACAACAGCCCGUGUUCGCCACCCGGCGUUACGGAAGACUACAGCAAUUACCGAUGAAACAAUAGAAGAAGAAAGUGUAUCAAAUGAAUUACAACAGUGGUCAAAUGGCAAUACAAAUGGUACUAGUUCAUCUCUACCCAGCAAGCGCGCUGCUGCACAACCAACAGCAACAAUAGUCUGUACCAAAAGUGAACCUCUUUGUAGCGAAGAUAUCGGGGUUCCUCCGGCUAUACAUCAUCACCGAAACACUUUACCGGUACAUGCACAUUCGGUUCCACCAAUGCGUUCUUAUAGGCUUCAUGAUAUAUCCGCUAUGAAUACGGUUAGAAGUUGUGAUGGGAAUUUCUCAGAAGAAUUGAAUGGUUCAUUAUCCGAUACUCAGAAUUUGCAUAAACAUCAGGUUCCGAAUGAUCCUUCUGGUUUGAGCACAGUCUACUGUCGUGAUACCGGUGUUACGUUACCGCUCAAUAGUCAUUUAAUGCCACCAAAAUCUGUAAUACAGGAUGACAUACGUAUGAAAUUGGGAAGAUUUGAGCUGGUGAAGAAAAAAGGCAGGUCGGAAGUAUGGAAUUUGUUUGGCCAAGUUUUAGAUACUAUUACUGGUGCACGUUUACCAUAUGUUGCUUGUUAUGCAUGUAAAGUAUUGUACACAGAUACCGGUGGUGGAACAGGUAAUAUGACUCGUCACAGAUGUCCAAUCGGUAGUAGUUACAAAGAUAACAGUGUCAGCAUGUCUACGGAAACGAGUAAUGAAAGCCAACAACCUUUUGAAGUUCUUGCAUCAGGAUGUGGUGGUCAACUAUCUCCGGAUACAGCCUCUACAUAUAGAAGAGAGUCUCCAGCUCCACCUACAACUUUGCAUUCUGGACUCACGGCUCAGUCAUCAUUUGAGACGUCAUUCAGUGAUUACGAUCGCAAACUGUUCUGUAGUGCAGUAGUUCGAUGUUGUGCGGCUGAUUUACUUCCACCUGCCAUUUUUCAGGGAGAAGGAAUGCAUGGUGUGAUUGAAACAGCUGUGUCUAUAGGACGGCGUUAUCGCUGUCCGGACCGUCAAUCGAUUUCCUCUCUUAUCCCCGAAACUUCCACUCUGAAUCAAGUUAUUGAAGCUAAUACAGCAUUAGUAUUAUCCGAGUUGACUGCUGAAGUGGGACAAAUUGCUCGAACAUCUGGAUUCUCGCUUUCUGUGGAGCGGGUUGCAAAUGAAGAUGAUAUUGCUGUCGUUUCUGCCAAUUAUAUUUCAGCAGACUGGAAAUGUAAACAUCGAGUAGUAAAUGUUGAUACACUGGAGAAAAUGAAAACUGGGUUAGGGACAUUAAUCAGAGAAGCGGGUGAAUCCAAAAGAUUAUUAUACGUUACGGAAAACAUCCCUAGCUCUAAUGGGCAAGCUCACCUUUGCUGUAUAUGUUACACAUUGAAUAAUCUCAUUCAUGAAAUUUUUGGAGAGUCAUAUGAUCAGAAGCAUAACGUGUUUUCUAUAGUGACAACCUGCCAGAAAAUAGUUUCCACUAUACAGAAAUUAGGUCUGGAUCGUUGGACUGAUCCACCAGUUGAAAACAGAGCUGGACGACUUGACUAUUUAUUCUACGUCUACGAAAUGUUGAAAUAUGUUAGAGAUUGUGUUCAGCAUUUGUCCAUCUCGCAAUAUAUAGAUAUUAUGGCAUUGGUAAGAUCACUUGAUUGGUCUGUUGUUGAUGAAAUUCGAAAGUAUUUGGAACCAUUUCAUGUUAUGGCAUCGAUUUUUAACAAUAAGUCUACCAUAUCUUUUCAUAUGGUGCAACCAGAAUGGUUCGCAUUAAUCCAUGAAUUCUCGUCAGAUGAUGAAGAUGGCGCGGUAAAUAAUGAUAUCUCUGCCUGGAUGUAUAGUCUUCGGCGAAGGACGGAAGCUAUCUUACGGAAUGCUACAGAAACCGUAAUUACCCCUGAACAUCGUAUGGCAACUGUUUUGAAUCCUCGCCUCAAACAUUUACCAAUUAUUUGUUCGGAUGCAGAGAGGUUGGAAACUUAUUCAAGAAUACGUAAACUAAUUGGAACAUCAGAAGGAAGAAGUGUGAAAAUUGAUGAUCAUACAGUUGGCGCGAGUGAUGGUGAACCUCCAAAGAAACGAAUAUCAUUUUUAAGUUCAUUGGAAGAUCACGCAGUUAUUGACGAUGAGCUUGAAUGCUAUCUACGUUCGCAAUAUCCAGCACCGCAAACAAAGGAUGUCUUGCAGUUCUGGUCUACGGUUGGACAAGCGCAGUUUCCACAUUUAUCAUUGUUGGCUCGAUUUCUGCUUUCUAUUCCCGCUGCUUGUAUGGUUCACAAAAGUCAAAACAUUUUAAAAUUGACUCCGGAACAUCUAUCAAGUUUGCUUCUUUUGCGGUCAUCUUAUGCACUGAUAACUUCUAAUGGUCACUUCAGUACUGAUUUGAACUGUUCAACUGCAGGAGCGUCGUUACCUAAAAUUAUAAAUACCCACAACAAUGCUUGA